GGCUUAUUUCUUAUAGAAAGAUAACUUCUAGCUAUUUAACAGCUCUUUGCGUCCUAUGUAAAGUCAGCCUUAAGUAUCUGGAUUCUCUUAGUAUGACGGGCCGUCCAUGAUUCCACUUAGUUCACCAUGGUAGCGCCGUCAUCUUCCUCCAGCAUCUCCCCUCCAUAACUUAGUAUAACGCAGCGAUCAAUCGGCGACUUGACGGCUACUGACGACCAGCUCGAAGGAAUCGGCGAAUCCCUUCUAACCGUGAUCCCUUCUGGGCACACUAGAAGGGAAGGGCGGCUAGGGGUGCUUAUAAAGCCACGUAUGGCUCCUCCAGCGUCUAACCUCUCCUCUUUCGAUCAACUCGCCGCUCUUUGUGUUGACUCCUUGCUUCGUUGUCGACAUGUCCAACCGAUACCCCCCUUCGUACCGCAACAACGAUGCAUAUAGCUCCGCCAAGAGGCAAGAAGACGACUACGACCCUUUCGGCGAUGGCUAUGCUAGUGAUCGUUACGCCAGCCCCGCGCAGCAGUCGAACCCUCGACGACCACCCACUGAGACUUCUCGUGGGCCUACCUACGGUCCCCCCGCGUCCCGCAUUCAACGUGCAAUCGAGACGAGCGCCGAGCGACAGAUCAGCCAGGUCCUAGAACUGAUCAAAGCUGAAUGGCCUGCCAUGGUCCAGAAUGAUUGCAUACCUGUCUCGCUUGCUCUGCAGCUGCUGGAUAAUAGCUCCGUUGGAAGGGCCCAUGAAUAUAGAGGCUUUAAGAAGACGCAUCAGUUCCUCCAAGAUUCUCUCAAGAAUAUCGUCCAUGAACAUCACCAAGGUUUCAAUAGUUCCAUAGGCACCUUCCACAAGAUCCAAGGGAGCAUACAGGCCUCCCAGAAGCGAGUCCGUGUCCUAAAGGAUUCUCUAGCAGCAUCGCGGACCAGUCUCGCUGCGACCGACCCGGAGCUCAAGAAACUGUACAAGUCGUCGCAGAUGUAUGACGAGGUGCUGCAGACACUGAAUGAACUGGAAGACCUGCGGACGGUGCCAGACCAGCUUGAAGCCAGGAUAUCGGAAAAGAGAUUCUUGUCCGCUGUUGAGGUCUUGCAGAACGCUUUGCGGAAACUGAGAAAGCCUGAGCUUGAUGACAUUGGAGCCUUGGGCGAUCUUCGGAGCUAUCUGGCAAACCAGGAGACUGCCCUGAUGGAUAUAUUGAUCGAGGAGUUGCAUGAACAUCUAUACCUGAAAUCCCCUUACUGCCAAGAACGAUGGCAGAAUCUGGCCAAGAACCAAGGUGCUUACAACGAAAAUUACGGUGAGUCGAGCGCCGUGGCACCCUUCCACCUAGUUUUAGAUACGAUGGACCUCGACCGCCCGGUAACGGAAGACCCAGCGAAGAACCCCGAGGCAGAUACCUUCUGGUACAUCAGCCUCAUCGUCGACUCUCUGAACAAGCUUGGACGGCUGGAAAAUGCCGUUGACACCUUGAAGCAAAGACUCCCCGUAGAGUUGUUUUCUAUCGUGAAUGAGACGAUAAACGAUGUUGAUCAGAGACAUCCCAGCUCAUUGAGGGGUGGCUCAGGGAAUGGACAGGGUCUCCACAUCUAUGGCACCAGAGAGACCCAAAUGCGUGCCGAUGUCAUCUACGAUCUCCUGUGGACGUUGUAUGGUAAAUUUGAGGCCAUUGCCGAAAGCCAUCGAGUCUUUCACGAAGCCACCAAAGCACUUGUUCGCCGGGAGGGCACCGGAGCCGGUAGCUAUCUUCUCGGGAGCUUCAAAGAGCUGUGGAACCUUUACCAGAAUGAAAUACGCUCUCUCCUACACAACUAUGUCACAACGGACGCCGAUGUUUACCAGUUCAAUUCUUUCGCCAGGCAAGGAGCCAUACUCAACGGGGCCAAGGAUACGACCAGGGAUCAUCUCUUCAAAUUUUCUGAGGCGGACCCAAAGUCAGACGAGAUGACCACCGAAUACGAGGCGCUUGACGGCAUCAUACGAGCGGCAGUCCCAGGCCUCACGUCUAACUCACGGAAGACGCAGACUUCGGAUAGGAAACUUGCCGCCGGGAGGGAGUCAAGAAGGAGCGCAAGCGCCGGUACUUUUGAUAGCAGAGGCGCACCGGGUUCCUACAAGUCACUGGUGGAACCGAGUGUUUUUAACAUGAGCCUCUUAUUGCCUCCCACCCUGGUAUUCCUACAACGCCUCAAGUCAAUCGUGCCUCCUGGCUCCGACCUCGCCGCGAGUACGCUGACAUCCUUCCUCGAUAACUUCUUGGUUAAUGUUUUCCAGCCGCAACUGGACGAAACCCUGAGCAAGCUAAGCGACCACGUGUUUGGGGAGGUGGAUUCUUUCCAGCAAGACUCAGACUGGAGUUUGGUGGCCCGUCGGCCGGUUUUCAAGGGCACUAUUGCGUUCUUUACGGUCAUCACUGCCUUUUGCCGUAUGCUUGGGACCAUCCCACACGACCAAGCCCUCAGCUCUCUAAUAAUUUCCCAAAUGGCGAGAUAUUAUGAGCGAUGUUUUACCUGGUUCAAGUCGUUAGUUGCUAAGGCACAGGAACCCUCUACCACACGGCAGUCGCUGCGAUACUCGGCGGAACUGGUUGUCGCGCCAGGGGACCUCCAACAGACGGUGAAGGAGAUCUGGGUAUCUGACAGCCCAGGCCACGAUCUAAUAAGUAAGGAGGUCGGUUUACUUAUCGCCCAGUCUAAUGACCGGACCCUGGAACCGAGCGAUAUUAUACAGGACCGUGACGUUAUCUCAUCGCUAUGUCUCCUAUAUACAAGUAUGAAAUGGCUCUCAGUCAAAGCUAUUGGUCUACGGCACAUCACCCAUUUCGAUACAGAUUCUUCUCGGCCCACACUGCCCAAGAAUCAAAAACGUCGCUGGACUAUUUUAAAUAACCCUAGCAAGGCAAAUGGCGAACAGCAGGGCCCGGUGCAUUUACCCAUGACACAGGACACCGUCCAGUCUUUUGACGACAUAGUCUCGUCCUACGAAGAAUUUGCAACCACUGUGCUUCUCACACUGCACAUGGAAAUCCGCUGCCGGAUUGUCCAAUCCCUCAGCGUAGCGCUCUCCCCCAAAACUUCGCCCUAUCUCUUGGGUGACCAGGAGAUUAAGGGACCUGACCCUCAGGUCUUAUCCCUGAACGCCGAGCUCGUUGCCUACGAUGAGACGGUUGCGCGGUUCCUCCGCGACAGAGAAAUCGCAUUUGUCCGAACAGGGCUGGGCCUCCUCGUUAAUACAUACCUAGUAUCUAACGCGCUUGUUACGCAGCCGAUGAACUCGCGCGGAUGCGAACGCAUGCAAUUGAACAUUUUGGUCCUGCAGCAAAACCUCAAGAAUAUCGAGGCAGGGGUCGAUCUUGCUCGAGCAGCAACCUACUUUUCUUUAUUCCAAGAGGGCGCAUAUCGGAUCGUCGAUAAGGCUAAACGCGACAGGGAGCGCGAGGCAGAAGGCGCCACGGUACCAGAGUCGAGCAAGUUUACGUACGAUGAACUCAAAGCUCUCAUAGAGCUGUGCUACAGCGAGCAGCUUGCAGACCCCGAGAGAGGAGUGGCCUCGGCUGCACGGAGGCAGAUGGGUGAGAGGGUAUUAGCGUUGAGUGAGCAUAUGUGGCAGAGCUAAGGAGAUAUGCUAGACAUCCGGGGGAAUGCAGCAGCGAAUCGCUGCUGUCACAAUGUAGACUCGAAGAAACAUGAUUUGUGGUCGUGAUAUUCGAGGAGCCAUAGGUCUCUAGCUGGAUGCAGUAACUAGGCACAAGGCACCUGGGUACUGAUCGAUCCGCCUAGAAGCCUUGCUGGAUAUUCAUCACAUAUAUACCCUCGUCUAUCUUUACUAGUCCAUAUAUGUUGAAGCGCUUCGCUACGCCCUGUGCUUCUUCGUCAUGCUGUUACAAGUAUUAAAUAAAAACAUAG